AUGGGCAGAGAUGGUGACCUGAUUGAAAUCCGGCCAGAUCAAUUAGAGAGGGGUGAGCGGCCGCUGGCCGCCGCUGAGAACGAGUGGAAGCCAGGCAGCAAGGAGUAUGCUGUCAUGGUGACCCUCUCCGUCAUCUCUCUCAUGGUAGCUCUCGAUGCCACUAUUCUCGUGUCUGUCCUGCCAACCCUCGCGAUCGACCUAGGCGGAACCGCCACCGACGCAUUCUGGGCCGGCACCUCCUACCUACUGUCUUGCGCCGUAUGCCAGCCGUUCAUCGCCGCGCUGUCCGACAUCUUCGGGCGAAAGGAAAUGCUCCUGCUGUCCGUCUUCUUCUUCACAAUCGGCACGAUCCUGUGUGCGCCCGUCGCGAAGGACUUCACCGUCUUCUUCGUGGGGCGCUCUAUCCAGGGCAUCGGCGGCGGCGGCAUCAUCACCAUGGGCCAAGUCAUUUUUGCCGAUAUCGUCCCCCUGCGCCAGCGUCCGAAGUAUUUCUCUAUGGUUUUGGCUGCUUGGGCGCUGGGUAGCGUGCUAGGACCCCUGAUUGGUGGUUUGUUUGUCGAGCAUGUUAUUUGGGCUUGGUGCUUCUACAUCAACUUACCCUUCUGCGCCGUCGGUCUUGUGUUGGUUCCAAUCUAUGUCAAGCUCAAGACCCAGAAGACCUCGAUCAUAUCCAAGCUGCGCCGCGUUGACUGGCUUGGUGGUUUCCUGUUCAUCGGCGGCAUGACCAGCUUUCUCAUCGGUCUCUCGUGGGCCGGUAUCCAGUUCGAGUGGAAGUCGGCCGAGACGAUCGCUCCCAUGGUCGUCGGCAUCGUCGGUGUCGUUGCCUCUCUUUUCUGGGAGUGCUACGGCGCUGUCGAGCCCUUCCUCAGGCCUAGUCUGUUCAAUUCUCGCUCGACCCUAGCUACUUACGCCAUUGCGCUGUUCCAGGGCUUCAUCCUCUUCUGCGCCCUCUACUACAUCCCCUUCUACUUCACUGCCAUCAAGUUCCACCGCCCGACGCGCUCCGGCUUGGACAUCUUCCCCGUGACUUGCUUCCUCCUCCCCGGUAGCAUCAUCAUCUCUCUGAUGACAACCCGGUUGGGCCGCUACCGCUGGGCCAUCUGGAGCGGCGGCGUUGUCACCGCCAUUGCCUGCGGUCUGCUGGUUCUCUUCCGCCAGCACACCAAGACCGCCGUCUGGGCUGUCAUUCUGGCUGUCUUUGGCAUCGGCAACGGCAUGUUGUUGACUAGCGUCAACAUCGGCAUCCAGGCCGCCAGUCGCGUUGAGGAUGCGGGUCGCGCGGCUGCCAUGUACGCUUUCAUGCGUACUCUGGGCAUGUCCAUUGGUGUAGCUGUGGGCGGUACCGUCUUCCAGAAUGUCAUGAGCAACAAGCUCAAUGAGCUUGGUCUGCCGACUCAGAUCUCCAAGGACUCUGAAGCAUUUGUCGCUAAGAUGUACGAGAUGGCUCCGGAGGAUCCAGUGCGCAUCGGUGCUCAAAAGGCCUACCUAUCCGGCUUCCACGGCGUCUACUGGACCAUCACGGGCGCCGCCGUCGCCUCCUUCCUCAUCUCCCUCCUCAUCAAGCAGUACUCCAUGGACAAGCUUCUCGCCACAAAGUUCGUCCUCAAGGGUGCCUCCCGCCCCGUCAUGGUCUCCAGCGCGGCCGGUCCUGACGAACCCUCCGACCGCGUCGAUAACGCCGCGAACAACACUACUUCGUGCGAAGAGAUCACCCCUGCCGAGGAAACCAAGCUCGUCCCCACCGAAACCGUCACCUCCGCCUUCUCUCCCCUGCCAACCCCGGCUGGCACAAACCUCACCGUCUCGGACGCGAUCAUGCCCGCCCCUGUCUCUGGCAGCAUCCAUCCUUCUGCUCCCUCAAGUUCAACAACCUCGCAACCCUCAUCCGCUCCUGCCACGUCUCAGCAACAUGGGUUAUCUGGGGAAUCCGAGCAAGCAGCCAUCGUUUACCUCGUCCGUCCCGGCGGCGCAAUCCUCCCCGUUAAGGUCGUCCAGCAGCGUAGGCAGCCCGCCCCAUCGUAUGACGAUGCUGUGGCUGCUACAUCGGCAGCGGCAGCGGCUGCCGCUGCUGCUGGAGCUUCUGGGAACAGUGAGGGGUCGUCUAGCUCUGCUGCUGCUGCGGGUAGGGGUGCUAAGACGACCCAACCCAAAGGGCAGGCCGAGGUUCAGGCCGAGGCUGAGGGUCAGGGUCAGGGUCAGAGUGAGGGGCAGAAGACCAAGAAGGAAGGUGGCGAGAGUGAGGGCGAGGAGUCGAAGGUGUUUCACAUCAUUUCAGAGGCGUACUUUGAGGACGAGGAGGGCCACGCCCAGACGGUUGUUAUGGAUUACUAUCCGGUUUGGAUGAUGCCCAACUAA